GUUAUUGCUUCGGCAUUCAUCAGUUAAUUGCAAAAUUGAAAAGUAAAAAGGGAUAAAUUACAGUGUUUGAAAUAGCUGAAAAAAAUACCAUUGGAUCAAAAUUAUAAAGUGAAAAACGAUUUAUUAAAUCUUAUAGUUAUUUUUUCAAACUUUUGCAAACACAUUAGCUAAGGAUGUCAGCAAGAAGUCACAACCUCCAGUCUAAUUUAGACACACGACCACCAGUCGACUCCGAGAUGAAAAGAACGGAAAUUGAUGAAGUCGCCGAAGUAAAGGUAACAUUCAACACACGUGUCCGUAACCGGCUGGAGCAGCUGCUGGGCACGGACAUACUGCGGCUCAAUGACCGGCAGUAUAUGCGGAAUCUGAUGAGACGCAUCUAUGAGGACCAGGAGAACAGUCUGCAGAAGCGCACCGAGACACGACAGAUGCAAGAGAAUAAGCGCCUGAAGAGUCUGGUAGAGGAUAUGAAGAUGGAGAAGCCCCCGGACAUGGUGGAGUCCGCAUUUGUGGUCUCCUUCCAGAAAACCAAGGCGGAAAUGGAGAAAGUGCAGCGGAAACAAUUCAACAAGCGUCACCACAUCAAGAAGCGGAAGACGGUGUCGUGUGCGGAGCUGGACAGUGACGACGAGACGUCCCCAGACGUGGGGGACAUCACGACCAACGAGCAGUACCACAACUCCAGCUUCCUGGGCACCACGAUGGACCUGUCGCCGGAGGAGGACGACUCGCUGGCCGAGGAGCAGCGGCAGAGGGAGCUGGCCCAGCUGGCCGUCAAGUUCGGCAGGUACAAGGAGCCGCUGGUACAGCUGCUGCUCCAGGAGGGGACAGUGCCUCGGCUCUAUGAUCUCGCCGAAAUAAUCUUGGUGAAACCUCCGAAGCCGCAGAAGAAAAAGAAGGCCGCUGCGGAGGAGGAGGAGCAGCCUUCGGCGGAGGAGGAGCCGGAGCAGGCGUCCGGGGACUCGGCAGAGGACGGCAGCGUCACGGAGGAAGAGGAGGAAGAGGAAGGAGAGGAGGGAGAAGAGGAGGGAGAGGAGGGGGAGGGAGAGGGAGAGGGCUCCGUCACUGAGGGAGCCGACACCGGCGCUGAGGCUGAUCAGGCAGCUGCUGAUGGCGCCACUGCCGAGGGCGAGGCUCCCGCUGAGGAGGGUGCUGCUGCCGAGGGUGAGGCCCCGGCGGAGGGCGAGGCCCCGGCGGAAGGAGAAGCCCCUGCCGAAGGUGACGCCGCUCCUGCCGAGGACAGCGAGACUACAGACGGCGCCGGUGCGGAGACGUCAGAGGCGGAGGAGACGGAGACGGCACCGGAGGGAGACGAGGGCGGGGACACGGGGGAGGGCGGUGCGGAGACGGGCGAGGAGGCGGCGCCCUCCGAGGGGUACACCACGGCUGAAGAGGCGGCCGCCGUCACCGGCGAGGAGUCGGAGGCGGAGGCGGAGCCGGCCGAGGAACCGCAGGAGGAGGGACAGGAGGAGGCCGCGGAGGACGCCGCGGAUGGCGGGGAGGCGACUGAAGAGGCCCCCGCAGACGAGGCACAGGCAGCAGAGCCGGCCGACGAGGCGGAAUAAGUUUGGACCAUAAGAGCAAACGACUAUUUACCGGAGCAUUGAAAAUGAACGUGUUAUGUCCAACGUGUCGUGCUUUUUAGAAUGUUUCUGUGAUGAGCAGUGCUUUGUGAGGACCAGUGAGGAGAUGUUGCUGUAGAUGUUGUGCUUGGGAGGUAUAGUGACCAGCCGUGACUGUGGCCAUUGUCUGACAUUGAGAGAUAGUUGUGUGCUUUUACGACGAAGGCGACAUAAUUUAUUGUAAGCUUUUAUUUGAUCACCUGUAAUUUUGAUUUAUAAUAAGCAUCAUUUAAACUUCAGCCGCACCGGCACACUCAUGAUUCGCGAUCAUUUGGCCUUUACACAUUUCGUUUUAACUCACACUGACGAUACAAAUAGUUUUCCUUUAUAGUUAAAUCCGAAUGUUUUCCUUUGUAAUGCGCCUGCAGAAAUUGGUGUAAACCAAACCCGUAUAUCCAAAUAUAUUUUUGACUUUUUAA